CUGCAGACACUGAGACUUGGAAGUUGGAGUCGCAUUGUCGCAUUGGUCGGCCAUCGCAUCGGCCGCGCGUAAGCCUGCGCACGCGCAUCGGGUGUUUAUUAGUGUUCGUGAGCGUGAUAACCGCGGAUUUCGUUAAUUUUUCGCACAAAAUGGUGAUGUGAUUAACUAACGCCAAAAUGGGAAGCGGUAAACUUGGCUUUAGUAUUAAGAAGGACAAAGUGAAUACGUCAGAGGCUAAAAAGACUGAGUUUAGUGUUAAGGAGAAGUGCAAGAAGCUACAGAAGAAAUUUAAGAAGACUGACAAACAGAAGACUGAAGAAGAUGUGAAGGAAAAGACUAUUUGGUGGAACCAGUGCAGUGGUUUAAGCGAAAUUGACCAAUACCUAUGGAUGGUAGGAGGAUCAGCCGGAGCCCUGGCGCUCACAGGUGUGGCAGCAGCCUCCGCGUUCUACCUCAGCACCAGACCCAAGCCGGAGAAACCACUCGUAACCCUUCAUGAACAAAGCCUGCUCGAACCUGGUCCCGAGCUCAUUCGUGUAUCGAAAUUCUAUAAGGACGCAAAAAAUGGAAGAUACCUCCGCUACCUGUACGACGAUACGCGAACCUUAUACGACACCUUCCGCCGAGGGGUUAAGGAAUCAAAUAAUGGCAACUGCCUGGGAUGGCGCGAGGGACCAAACAAGCCGUAUGUCUGGCAGACGUACAAUGAAACGCUGCUGCGAGCGAAAAACUUCGGGUCGGGCCUUAUUUGCCAAGGUAUCGCGCCGGGACAAAACACUUUUGUAGGUAUAUACGCGCAAAAUUGUCCAGAAUGGAUAAUGACAGAGCAGGCCGCCUACUGCUAUUCCAUGGUGAUAGUUCCCUUGUACGACACCCUCGGAGCCAACGCAUGUGCCUUCAUUGUAAAUCAAACGGAAAUGUCUGUAGUAAUAUGCGAGGACGACAAAAAAGCCAACCUUUUGUUAGACCAGUCGCCCAGGUGCCUCCGCAAACUGAUCACAAUCAGGCAAGUCUCACCGUCCACACAUCAAAGGGCCAAAAGUCGCGGAGUGGAGAUACUCAAGUUCAGCGAUGUGGAAAUCCAAGGGGCCCAGAAAGAUCAUCCGUGUGUUCCGCCUCAGCCAGAGAACCUCUGCACUAUCUGCUACACAUCUGGAACAACAGGCACUCCAAAGGGCGUGAUGCUGACCCAUGAGAACGUGGUGGCAUCUAUGUGCAGCGUGAUAAUGCAGCUUGGAGAGCACCGACCAACGAAACAUGACAUCAUGAUCUCCUUCUUGCCUCUAGCGCAUAUGCUGGAGCGGUGUUGUGAGAAUGCUCUAUAUAUGGUUGGAGGUGCAGUCGGUUUCUACAGCGGUGACAUGAGAAGACUGGCCGAUGAUUUGAGCGCACUAAAACCAACAAUGAUGCCUGCUGUGCCCAGAUUGUUGAACAGACUAUACGACAAAGCGCAGAGUGAAAUAUCUAGUUCGAAAAUCAAGAAGUUAUUAUUCAACAUGGGUUUAUCUGCUAAGGAAUCUGAGUUGAAGAGGGGUAUUGUAAGAUCUGAUUCCCUCUGGGAUAAAUUGGUGUUCCGCAAGGCUCGCGAAGGUAUGGGCGGUCGUCUGCGCAUUAUUGUGGUCGGAUCUGCACCGCUUGCCGGAAAUGUGUUGACGUUUGCGAGAUGCGCUCUUGGCUGUCUGAUCGUAGAAGGCUACGGUCAGACGGAGUGUACUGCGCCGGUGACUCUCACAGUUCAGGGCGACCACGUCCCUGAACAUGUCGGGCCUCCCGUCGCUUGCUGCAAAGUGAAGUUAGUGGACGUGCCCGAGAUGGAGUAUUACGCGGCGCAGGGCCAGGGUGAGAUCUGUGUCCAGGGAGCUAAUGUAUUCAAGGGAUACUUCAAGGAGCCAGAUAAAACAAGACAAGUCAUCGAUCAGAACGGUUGGCAUCAUACUGGAGAUAUUGGAAAGUGGCUACCAAAUGGCACGUUGAAGAUCAUUGAUAGAAGAAAACAUAUAUUCAAAUUAUCACAAGGGGAGUACAUUGUUCCUGAGAAAAUAGAAAACAUCUACAUCAGAAGUCAAUACGUCGAGCAGGUGUUUGUACACGGAGAAUCACUAAAAUCUUGCGUGGUCGCGGUAAUAGUACCAGAUGUUGACGUCGUGAAGUGCUGGGCCCUAGAAAAUGGCAUCAAGGGUACAUUCUCGGCCCUGUGUGAAAAUGAGCAAGUGAAGAAGAUGAUAAUGGAUGAUAUACAACAGUGGGGGAAACGUGAAGGAUUGAAGACAUUUGAACAGGUUAAGGACAUCUACUUGCAUCCUGAUCCAUUCUCAGUACAAAACGGCCUCCUGACACCGACCCUGAAGGCGAAGCGACCCGAGAUAAAGAACUACUUCAAACCGCAAAUCGAAGACAUGUAUAAGCAUCUUGAUUAACAUUAGUUGUAGCAGAGAACUUUGAACCCUAUGUAUUAAUGAUAAGUGACACAGUUGUGUGUGAAUGAGUGAAAUUUAUAAUGAGAGCUAUUAGUAACAUUUAUGUACCUAGUGAUACAAGUGAUGUUGAUAUUAAUAUGAAGUAUGUUUCUGCGAUUACCCACAUAAUUAUUAUUAGUGACAUUUUGAAAUUCCGUCUAUCUAUCAACUAACAUACCUAUUUUCUUCUGGUGCUAGGCUGAACAUGCUUAUGAAAGCAUUUCGUGAAAUAGAGUAUGCAACCCUUCCAAAUUUCUAUCAUAUUAAAAUGUAUACUGUUCAGUAUAGCAAUAUAUUUGGUGCAGUCGUUGGGAAAUGAUUUCUAUGUAACAUUGCAAUUAAGAAACAUGAGUUUCAUGCACAGUCAAUUAUAUGAUUUGGUAGUUGUAAGCUGUAUCUAUACUAUGCUCUUAUGAUCUGUCUUUAUGUAGUACCUAAUUAUUUUAGAUGGAUAAAUUAGCAAUAAAAUUGCUCUUUGCGUAUAAAACAAUAAUUAAUAUGUCUACGGUAGCGCUGCUUGAGUUACUUACUAUCAAUCGAUUUGAUCAUUGAAGCGUUACUUAACGACGAAGUAUGUGACCUUUCGAAAUUCGGAUUUGAUAGCUAGCAUACUAAAACAAGUGCUGCUUCGUAAUAUAAAUUGCUGCAGAAAUAUUUACGAUCGGGGACGACAGGAUUAAAAUGUAUAAUAUUAAUGACAAUACAACUACAAAUUAUGCUUUGAAUAAAAUAGACCUUUAAUAUAUUAUAUACACUGAUAGAUUCAGAAAUUAAUUUCGUAAUACUUUAUUAUAUUUUGAAAAUAUCUGUUUUGUUAAUUUUAUAUUAUUUGCGGUAAAUAAAUAUUAAAUCUAAACAUCUAAUUUGAAGAUGUACCAAUAUGUGUAGGACCAACCUCGAACAUUUACUUAUCAUAUUAAUCGCAGAUAUUUUGUUUAUUAUAUUUUAUUGCAUCUACAUCGUCAUAGAAGUGUGUUGCGUCUUAAAAGUUAAGUAUGUCAUUUUUUGUCAAAUUUUGUUGCACGACUCAAUUUUCUUCUUCAUGGUGGUUAUAGUUAAAAACGGUUUGUCAAUUUGGAACUUUCGUGAGAUGAAGUAUAAACAAAUAUCACUCUCUCUCAUAGAAAACCAUAUAGAAACCCUGUUUAUUGUGUAAUAUAGGUUUCCCUUUUGAUUUUAUUUGAUUACUCUUUGCGUGACACGAAUUCCGCAUAUUUAAAUAAAAUACACUUUUACUUACGUUAAACCGCGUGUUUUCAAUAUCUGAACUUUUUAUUUCAAAUCAGUUCAAUGAAAUUUCGUUCUAAUUAUCUAUCAUUGUAUUUUAAUUACGCCCUAUACUAUUUUUUUUUUUCUAUCCGGAGUCUUAACCAAUUUCAAAGAGUAUUUUAUUAAAAUUUUGCAAGAAUCACCGGAAUAGAUGAAGCAAUAUCAUUUUACGCAAUCGCUUGGACGAAUGAAGCAUUAUCUUUUUGUUUUUAUUCAUUUUAAUAUAUUAUUUUAAUGACAGUGAUUCUGUGUUAUUUGAUGCAUGUGUAAAGUUUUGUACUUAACCGCUUGUAAGCCAAUACUUUAUAAUAAAAAGUGUUAAUUAAGUUUUUUUUUAUCAAACUGUAUUCUUAUAUGACUAAGAGGGUGAAUCUCUUAAUCGACUUACAACAGAUGUAUGUCGAUUUAUGUAUUUAGUUUACUUACGGCAAUGUCCGUUUUAUCAGUCUUUAAAAAGACGAUGUUGAUAAAACAAAUGAUUUCUAUAUUAGUUUUAACAUCUGCAAGAUUUGCUAAAUAUUACUCAUUUAGAUGACUUACGAUUAGUAAAUCUGUCGCACUUGUAGAUAUAUUGUGAAAGCUACUUUUGUUUGAGUGAGUCAUGCUUUAUGCGUAAGUUACGGUUUCAAGUUGUUUUAAACCAAAAUUUUGUUGUUAUUGGUGCAAAUUGUACUGCAAUAAUUUAUUUUUAAAUAAAAUCUUGGCAAGUG